AUGAGAAUAGGGCGAUGGUAUCUGAGAGCAAAAAACAGGAACAGGAUACGGCGAGUUAGGAUUCAACAGCAAACUUUACCAGCAUUCCAAACACCAGGCGUGGACUUGAGCUGCCGUGUCGUCGCUGUCGGUCGCAAGGUCGUCGACAUCAGCCCUGGGGAGGGUGUAUUUGGCCGCCUGAGUCCAGUGAAGCCGGGAUCCCUUGCCGAGUACGUGAUCGCGCCCUACGAGGGUAUCGUCGUGUUGCCGGUGAGCAUUUCCCCGUGGUUGGCGGGUGCCGCUGGGACGUCCCCUCUCGUAGCGAACCAGAGCAUCGCGCCAGAUUUCCAGGCCGCCGACAAGGUUUUCAUCAAUGGCGGGUCUGGCGGUGUCGAGUCCUUUGCGAUUCAGGUGGCUAAGGCCCUCGACUGCCACGUCACUGUCACCUGCUCGACAGACAAAAUUGGGUUGUGCCAGAGCCUUGGAGCUGACGAGGUCAUCGAUUACAAGAAGGUCGACGUCAUGAAUGCGCUGUAUUAG